AUGGAUGCAUUCAAUCUGUCGCCCGAGAGCACUGCUUUUUCUGCAUCUGGUGAAGAUGCUAUCACGCGAAAGAUCGACGUCGCCGUGGACCGUACUCGGGAUGAUCUACCCGUCGAAGAUUUCAAAGGUUACUAUGACAUCCAGCGCACAGUGGAACAAAUCAACCAAGGAAACUACAAACGGAUAGCUCUCCAAUUCCCUGACGAGCUGCUGCACGACUCUGUCCCCAUAUAUCGGCUUCUAAAAUCGCGGAUUGGAGACGGAAAAGAACUCUACGUGUUAGCAGAUACGUCUUAUGGCAGUUGCUGUGUAGACGAAGUUGCUGCACAACAUGUCGAUGCUGAUGCAGUAGUACAUUAUGGUCAUGCUUGCAUGAGCCAAACGUCUCGUCUGCCUGUCAUAUAUGUUUUUGGGAAGAAGGAAGUUGACCCGUCGGACUGCGCUGCUAAACUAUUGGAAUCCGUAAAAGCUUCUUCGUCAAAUCCUCUUGAAGGACGCAUCUUUAGGCUCAAGUGCGACGUCACAUAUGCACACAGAGCGGAUUCUAUCGUCGAUGAGCUCAGAAGGACACUGCCAUCAUCAACACGACUGUUGCACAGUCCUGUACCGCUCUGUUCUGUUCCUGCGGUCACGGGUGGCGAUGCGAAUGAGCCAGAGAGUCACCGACAUGAAGCAGACGAUCAAGUCCAACAUUAUGACUCGCCUGUGGAAGAAUCCAUUAUCCUGUAUAUCGGUGGAGAGAGCUUGACGUUAACCAACGUGCUUAUGACACAUGCAGAGGUACACUCGUAUGACCCAAGGACUAGAAUUGCACGCCUAGAAUCUUCACGAACAAAUAAACUUCUGAUGAGGAGAUACGCCCUCGUUCAAAAAGCCAGAGACGCCGACGUCUUCGGCAUUCUCGUCGGAACUCUGGGUGUUGCGUCGUAUCUACCUGUCAUUUCAUACUUGCGCACUAUCCUCUCGCGUGCACAGAAGAAGAGCUACACCAUCAGUGUUGGCAAGCUGAAUCCUGCAAAGCUAGCCAAUUUCUUAGAGAUCGAAUGUUUCGUUCUUGUUGCAUGCCCGGAAAACAGCGUGAUAGAUGCAAAGGAAUUUCUGCGGCCAAUAAUUACUCCAUUUGAAUUGGAAGUUGCUCUUCAGACCAGGACGAAUUGGACGGGGAGAUAUGUGCUCGACUUCGAUAGACUGCUAGCAGUGCAACAAAGCUAUCCUGAAGCGUCAGAACAAUCUGCGGAGACAGAGGAAGAAGAUCCCGACCAACCGAUCUUCUCGCCAGUGACAGGAACAUAUCGUCAUGCGAAGCGGUAUGGAGCAGCUGGAAGAACAACCGAUGUCGAAGAUGGCGCAGGAGUCGACUCUGCAGUCGUGUUGCGCAACCAGGGGAAUACAGUAGCGACACUCACGGAUAGCGCAGCGGCCCAGUAUUUGCAGAACAGGACAUUCAGAGGGUUGGAAGUGAAUAAUGGACAGGAUGCGCCGAGCGUAUUAGAGCAGGGACGCAGUGGUAUCGCAAAGGGGUAUCAAGACGAUCACAAAUAG